UAUAAUCAUGCAAAUGCAGACGGAGAUAUUCCUCGUCCACUUUGUCCGCCAUAUUUACAUUUUACGCGGGAAAAGUACAUGUAUAUCUUACUACGUAUGUGCAUGUGAAAUGUUCUUUAAUUUUACGGGAUCACUUACACAACGUAUUUGUAUAUAAAAGUGUGUCCGCUGAAUACCCCUACACUCCGCCCGGGCCUUAAUUUUUCCCACGCUUUGGUUCAUUCUCGUCCCCAGUGCUACUCGUCUUAAAAUGUCGUUGAACGUUUCUCCGACCACGUGACCAAAAGAAACGGAGGCUCUGGGGACGAGAAUGGCUUUGGUUAUAACCGCUGAAUUUUCGGUUCGUUCCCAAAACGGCGUAUGACAUGACGUCACGCUUAGCACCCUGACUUCAGUUGCUACACAAUCAUCGAGCGUUUGUUAUAUACUUUCGUGAUUUUCUCCCAAAAUGGGUCUACUUGCGCUGCUGCGAAAGCUGAAGUCGAAUAGUAGCAAAGACCUGAAGCUUCUUUUCCUUGGUUUGGACAAUGCCGGGAAAACGACGAUUUUGAAACAUCUAGCUUCGGAGGAGAUCCAGAACAUCACACCAACACAGGGAUUUAACAUUAAAUCUGUUGUAUCAGAUGGAUUCAGAUUAAAUGUAUGGGAUAUCGGAGGGCAGAGAUCAAUCCGGCCGUAUUGGAGAAAUUAUUUUGAGCAAGUCGAAGCGCUGGUAUACGUUAUAGAUAGCACAGAUCGCAAGAGAUUAGAAGAAACUAGUUUGGAAUUAGACGAGCUGCUAUGUGAGGAAAAAUUGUGUGGUGUACCUGUACUUGUUUUUGCAAAUAAACAGGAUCUUUUACAGGCUCUGCCACCUGAUCAGAUUUCAGAAAGUUUAAUGUUAGAGAGGAUAAAAGACAGAAGCUGGCACAUUCAGGCUUGCUCAGGAAAAACUGGAGAAGGUUUAGAGAUGGGGAUGCAAUGGGUAAUAAAAAAUAUUUCAAAGAAAUGAUCACCAUAGCAUAGCUUAAACUAGCAAUUAUUUGUCUGCAGUCCAUUUUACAACACUUGUAAGUAUUUAGUUUUCAUUUCAGUGCAUCUAGAAAACAGAACUCUUCAAUAUUACAGUAGCACAUGCAUGAUCAAUUCACUCAUUCAAUAGCACAGUAGUGCUAGAAGCUCUCAUAAGAGUGAACAAGGCAAAAUUAAUGAUAAAAACUAAGGAAGGUCUAAGCAGCUGAGGGUGAAUUACUCAUGAUGCAGAAAGUAGCACACUCCUUUCAUGCAAUAUGAUGUAAUUUCUGUGAGUUAAACAUAUGUGAGGUAGCAAAAGAACUGCGGAUGGGAAAUAAUUUUUCAUUAUUAUUGUUUAUAUGUUUAUUAUUAUUAUUAUUAUUACUAUUAUAAUUGUAUCUAUAGCAAGAUUCUUGAUCGUGAUUGUUUCUCUCCUAUUUGUCACACAAUCAUGUGGGUGUCCAAUUACAGGUAUCCGAUUACAACUUUUGUAACUGGAUACCUGUAAUUGGAUACCUACGCUAUUCGCACAUCAAUUAUGUGUGCUUUGAUGGCUUCCUUCUUAAUGUUCCCUACAGUUUUUACAACUGGUGAAAAACACUACUGACUUUUUCACUCAAAAGAAGCUCUCAAAAUACGUUUUUAAUCUCCAAAUUUGUUAUUGGACAGGUUUGAUUUAUAAUUAGUAAUUGGACCUUGUAUCAUACAAUUCAGGGAGAAAUUGUGCCAGUAAUUUCAAAUUGACCUCAC